AUGAAGUUUCUGCUAAUAUCGACUAUAGCCAUUUUAAACUGCCUCGCAUUCAGUCUUGGUCAAAAAAAUGCGACAACAUGUCAUACAACAUCAUGGUGGGUGUUAUUACCAAUGAAAAAAGUCUAUUUGGAUAAUUACUUGAAAGCCUCUAAUAUUCCAUUGACAUACAACACAUCUCAAUUACCAUUUUCAUCUGAACUUAAACCGGAUGAACAUGUUGUCAUAAUAUCAUUAACAUUUGUUGAAUUCAAAGUGCAAAUACCUUAUCUCGUUCGAAAGGAUAAAAAUGUGAUGUUUAAACCACUUAUUUAUGAAAGUAAUUUUAUUGAUACAAGUGCCACGAAGCUCGUCUACGGCCUCCCAGCUUAUACAGCAGAUAUGGCAUAUGAUGGAAGUGGUGGAAGCUACAAUAUUUCUUUCUCAAACGGUAAACUAUUGGCAACAUUUAAACCUUUGACGUCCAACUUUUCCAUAUACGGUUCGCCAGAAACGAAAAAUUUUUCUUCAUUCGUCGAUUCUAACUCGUUUCCGUGGCUUUGUAAUCCCCCACUGUCUACAUCUAAUCCGAAAUGUGCAACCGAUACAUAUACAUUUUCACAAACAAAAGUAAGACCAGUAUCGAUGGUAUUACUCGUGGAAAAUGGAAUAUUAAAUGCAAUCCCUGAUGGAAAAUAUACAAAUGAUGGCGAUCGAUUAUUAGGUGCGUGGCAAUUGGACACGACUUUAAUCAUCACCUCACCUUACACUUGUCCAUAA